AUGAAGUACUCCGCUAUCCUCGCAGCUCUCAGCGCCUCUUCCGCCGUCAUGGCCAUGCCAUCUGCCGAUGUCACCCCGAACACCAUGUUCGCACUUGACAAGCGUGCCAGCUUCCCCAUCCCCGCCAGCAAGGGCUCCGUCACCUACAAGGCCCCCAAGACUUUCUCUGGUACCUUCGACGGUGGCAUGAAGACCUACGGCCGUGGCGUUUCCUGCACUGGCCAGAGCGAGGGCGGUGACUCUGACGCUGUCUUCAUCCUGAAGGAUGGUGCUACUCUUAAGAACGCCAUCAUUGGCAAGGACCAGAUCGAGGGUGUCCACUGCGAGGGCAGCUGCACCAUCGAGAACGUUUGGUGGGCCGCGGUCUGUGAGGACGCUCUGUCCCUCAAGGGCAACGGUAACGCCAAGAUCACUGGCGGUGGUGCCACCGGAGCCGAUGACAAGGUCAUCCAGCACAACGGUCUCGGCACGGUGACCAUCGACGGAUUCACCGUUGUCGAUUUCGGCAAGCUCUACCGCAGCUGCGGUAACUGCAAGACCAUGGGCGAGCGCAACGUCGUCGUCAAGAACGUCAAGGCCUACAACGGCAAGACCCUCGUCGGUAUCAACUCCAACUACGGCGACAAGGCCACCAUCACCGGCACUUGCGCCACUUCAGUCAAGAAGACCUGUGUCGAGUACAAGGGUACCACCCCUGGCAACGAGCCCACGGAAAUCAGCUCGGGAAUUUCAUCCCACUGUGUUUACAAGACGCUCUCCUCUUGUUAA